AAGUAAGCUCCGCCCAGUGCGACGGGUUUUCCUCUCUCAGCCAAUCAACUGACGUGACGAUGGCAGCGCGGUUUGUUUUGGUCUCAGAGGAGUGGAUGCUAAGCUAAACCUACUGGAAAUAAACCGCUGUUUGCACAAAUGCCGCUGUUUAAAUGAUAGAAAGCGGAUUUCUGUAGUACUGAAAUAUCGUGACAUUUAGCACGCCUGGAAACAGCUGAUAUAGAGCUGAAGGCUGUUCCUUGACAACCUGUUGAACGCAUGCAAUGAAGCCAAACAUUCAGUCAAAGGCAGCCUUUGUUUACAGGUUUCGUUUUAACAAUCACCAAUGUUCAAAGACAACAGAGGGCUGGUAGAAGAUGUGGUCUCCUUGAGAAAUAAGCUGCGAUUAACAGAGAAAAACCUGCAAUCACUGGGGGAACAAUUGAGUCAAUCAGGAAAUGACAUCAUUGCUGAGGAUAAUGACAGGAGUGGAGCGGAUGCGUUCCCAGGCCAUCUUACUCUAGAGGACCUUCAGAAGCCUAAUACUGGACAGCCUGGAGGAUAUCCACUCCCUGACAGAACAGCAGAGCAGAGGACAUGUGCUUGUGACUGCAGGCCAGUCAGAGACAUGGAGACAGAGAUGUCUGUGCUCACGAGGAAGGUCAACUCCAUCAGGCAAGAGAAUUCUUCUUUGGUCAUGGAGAACAAGCUGCUCAUCAAUGACCUAGAAGCUACUCAGCUUGAGUUAGCCAGCUCAAAGUCCAAGAUUCGUGUGUUGGGAUCUACUGCUGGAGCCAGAACCUCCAGUGUGUCCCUCAUGAAGGAACAAGUUUUGGGUCUAGAGACAGAACUGAACACUCAAACCAGAGCUUUAGAGGCUGCUGAGCAGAAGUUGGAAGCAAGUGAACAGACAGUGAUGCUGAGCAACAGGCUGGUGGAGAAGCUCAGAGAUGAGCUGAGAGUAGUUAAAGCUGAGCUAGCAGAAAGAACGCGUCUGGGGAAACGUGCAGAGCAGCAGAGAAACCAAGCGCUCCGAAAUGCGGAGAAGCUCACGGUUGCCUUCGAGGACUACAAGGAAGAUGUGUCUGAAAAGCUCAUGAAGGUUAUGGAGAGUGAGGAUCAGCUGAAGGUCAGUCUAAUGGAGUGUGACAGGGAGAGAGAGGAGCUUGAUAGGAAGUGUGCUGCGCUGGAGAGAGAGAAGGAGAGUCUAUGUCAGAACAUCUCUGAGCUGAAGGAGGUUCACGGCUGCUCUGAGUCUCUCUCUGCUGAGCGUGUGCAGCUGCAGUAUCAGGUGCAGCAGUUCUCAGAUCAGCUGAAACAGCUGCAGAGGGAGCAGACUGAGAAGGAGGCACAGCUGCAGGAGGUGGCGGCACUGAGGAGAGAGAAUGAGGACCUGCGUCUCCUCACGGCCUGUCAGGAGCAGAGGGUGGUUCAAGCAAACAGAGAGAGAGAGCAGGACCGAGCCGAGCUGACCAGCCUUGAAAGCAUUGUAGACUUAUUACAUCUGAGAGAGAAUCGUGAGGGUGCGUUGUGUGUAAACCCCUGUCUGCUACCUUCUCUGUCAUACACCAGCACCAUUGAACACAAGACUGGUGAGUGCUAUCAGAAGCUGUUGGCGGUGCUGCAGAUGGCUGAGCGAGAGAAGACCCGGCAGGCCAGUGCCGCUCAGGGUCUGCAGGAGAGACUGACCAGAGCCCAGGAGGAGAUCUCCUCCCUGCAGACCUCGAUCACAGAGAGAUCCUCUCACUACCAGCAGCUCCACAAUCAGCUCCUGGAUAAAGCUACUCAAGCCACCUCCUUUGAGAAAGAGCUAAAAAAGAAGAGCUCGCACGUCGUCGUACUGGAGAAACAACUGCAGGAGAAGAGUGCAGCUUAUUCCCAGGCAGCAAUAAAGGCCAGCCAGCUUGAGCAAGAGCUCUUGGAGAAGGCCAGCCGCAUUCAGCACUACCAGUCAGUCUUGAACAAAAAACAGAGGGAAUAUCAGCAAACCAUAGACAAGUCCAAGACUGCACAAUCACACAAAUGCAAGGAAAUGGAGGACAGAAUAGAGGUGCUGCAGUUGUCUCUGGUUCAGAAGCAGACUGAAAUUGGGGAGCUGGAGCAACAUGUGUCUGACCUUCAAACAGAGAAGCUGGAGUCACAACAGAGAGCUGCUCUUCUGCAGACCACUAUAGAUCAGCUGACUGAGGAUUUCAAGGCAAAAUGUAAACACAGUAAAGAAACGCGUAGAAAUAUUGAAGAGCAGGCUGCUAACUCCGUUUCAAAGCUGUCAGAGCUGCAGGAGGAGCUGAAGAGGAAAUGUUUGGCUUAUCAGAGAUCCAAUGGGAAGAACCUGCAGCUGCAGCACUCCAUCAAGAACCAGCACACCAUGCUGCAGGAGAGCACGUCACGCAUCGCACAGCUGGAGGAGAGCCAGAGUCAGCUGCAGAGCCAGGUGUCCCAGUUGGAACAAGAGUUGGAGAAGGAGCGCACAGCCUUGUCUCAGGCCUUCAGGAGAAGGGAGAGAGAGGUGGAGGAGGCCACCCAGGAGGUGCAGAAGAAGGAGAGACAGGCUGCGGAAAUCUCCUGCUCCAUAACAGAGAGUCAAAGGGAACUGGAGGAGAAGAACUAUGAGGUAUUGGAUCUGGACACUGCACUGAAAGAGAGACAGGGGGAGCUACAGCAGAGAGCAGAGCUGCUGGGACAGCUGGACGCGACCAUUAAGGAACACAAGCUGGAGAUGGAGAAGAAGUUGGAAUAUCUACAGGAGGCUCUGGAGAAGAGCCAGAAGGAGCUGAGAGAGAGAGACCAGCAGGAGAGUCAUUGGAAAUGACUUCAGAUAGGCUUGUAAACGGAGCAAUGAACUGAUGAGGUGUUGCUGCCCUCUGUGCAGGUCCAGUUCCUGACAGAGAGGCUGGAGAUGUUGAAAUCACAGCAGCUGCAGGGGAAAGAGGUGCUGG